UUGGGCAUGCGCGAGUACCGAAUAUUUUCCAAGUGAUUUUGAAACGGUGAGAUUUUCUCGGAAAGAAAAUACGAGUUUAAAUUAUUUUCCGUGUUAUUUAUCAGUUUUUAUUACAAAAAAUUAAAAAGUGAUUGUGUUUAUGCAAAUUUGUGAUGUUGGAAAGGUCACAUCUUUAGAAGGCAAUGUCUCCGAUGCUUACUUUUCCUUGAAUUACUAAUUUACAGUAUUUUUUACGGCCCUCAUCAUCUAAUCAGAUAAAAAAUAGUUACCCAGUGUACAAACGCAUUCAAAGUAUGCCUUCACCAAAACUAGUGUUUGAAUACAGUGUAGCGUAGUGUCUGAAGUGGCUAAGUGCAAUGAAAGUGUCAUUGUUUCGGACACUUUGUGAUGUGCUAAGUGGCGUUUUGGAUUUGCAAAAGGAGGAAUAAGGAUUAACGAUGGCGCACUACCCGCAACCGGCGACGCUAGAGGACGCGCUGCCGCUUCUCGGCAAGCCGGACCUGCGCAUGCGCCAGCAGCUCGGCGAGCGGCUCGUCGCGCUUGUUCGCCGCGAGGAGAUCACGCACGAGAUUGCCGCGCCCUUGCUCGACUCACUUGUUGCUUGGCUCAACGGUGGUAACUUUAAGGUAGCCCAAAACGGUCUGGAGGUGCUAUGCGCGGUCGCGGAGCGCAUGGGACCCGAGUUCUCGCAUUAUGUGCCCACCGUGUUGCCGCAUAUUAUUGACAGACUAGCGGACACAAAAGAGGGCGUUCGCGUAUCAGCGCGCGCCUGCCUCACAACACUCGGCGAGUGUAGAGCGGCCGCACCGCGCGCUUUACUCGCUCGUCUGACGCCAGCCUUACAGCAUAAAGCGGCGCACGCGAGAGAGGAGGCGUUGAAGUGUAUAGCGGCGCUCUUGCAUACGCACGGCGCCGCAGAACUACAGUUGCGCGCGGCAGUGCCUGCGCUCGCGGCUCUCGUAGCCGAUCCCAACGGUGCCGUGCGGGAUGCCGCUCAGCUACUGCUAGUGGAUGUUUACCGGCAUGUCGGUGAAAGAUUAAGACAAGACUUGAAGAAGAAGGAGCUCGUGCCGGCGCAAAAGUUGACACUAUUGGAACAGAAGUUCGACGAGGCGAGAGAAGCCGGGUUGUUAUUACCCUCAGCAACCGUAGGCACGGAUGAAGCGGACUUCGUGUCGCGAACGAUAAAACGUACCAUGACGAUACCGACCAGUAGAAGCAGGGAUGGCGAUAGUGGGGCCUCCACACCAGCGUGUGAAGUGAAGAAGACGAUCGGCGGAUUGUAUGGCGCGCCGUCGGCUAGUAGGAAACCGCCGCCGACGGCUAAAUUAACAAGUUCCAGUGCGAGCGAAGCGGGCGCGGGCGCGGUAUCGAGCGAAGCGUUCGAAGCGGCGUUCUUGCACGCUCCGCCCGCGGCCGUGUACGGCGCGCGCGGGCUGGACGACCUGUGCCGGCACGCGGCCGCGCUGCUCGGGGACCGCGCCGCCGACUGGGAGCGGCGCGUGGACGCGCUGAAAAAGAUACGUUCGCUAUUAGCGGCGAAUGCGCACACGCAGUACCCGGUCGAGUUUGCGGCGCACUUGAAGGAUCUGUCCGUGCCUUUUCUAGUCGUUAUCAAGGAUCUUAGGAGCCAGGUGGUACGCGAAGCGUGCAUAACAAUAGCCCACAUGGCGAAGGUGCUAAAAAACAAAUUGGAACAAUUCAGUCUCUAUAUAUUGCAAGAGUUAAUAAACUUGAUACAGAACGCCGCUAAGGUUGUUUCCUCAGCGGGCACAGUGUGUGUACGCUACAUAGUGGUGCACGUACACUCACCGCGACUCAUACCCGUGUUAACUACGAACUUGACUACCAAUAAGAGCAAGGAGAUUCGGUCUACAUUGAGUGAGGUGCUAGUGCUAGUGCUAGAAAGGUGGUCGACCACUGCGAUAGACAAGCAGCAGCAAGUUAUACAUGAAGCUAUAAGACGAGCCUGUGUGGAUGCUGAUAGUGUAGCGAGGAAUAAUGGACGGAGAGCGUACUGGGCUUACAAGCGUCACUUCCCGGAUCAAGCGGAGCAACUGUUCGCUAGACUCGAUUCGGCUGCGCAGAAACAGAUAGAACGAGAGCGUCUUGGUAGCGUGGAUAGCUUGCAACAUAUUGGCACUGAAAGGCGAAUGCUGACAAGUCCAAGGAGUCCAUCCGCUAGUGUAUCAGCAUCAACGGAAAACCUUUCGGUGCAUAGAACGAACUCGUUGCGCAGACGCAGAGCGUCCCAAGAGAGACCGCCGAUAUCACAUAUACCUGUUGCUAUGAGAGACCGGUCCCCAGCGGGGGUCAGUGCGAGGUCCGUCAGCGCAGUGGACGCGGCCGCAGCUCAACGUGCUAAAGCGAGGGCCAUGUAUUCGCAUCUCGCUAGAAACAAAGUGGCUGCCGGGACGGCUAGUUUGCAGGGGGAAAUGGCCCAGCAAGCUCGCGCAAAGCGCUCACCCGUGAGUGGUACAGUCGCGCCAAGUCCGGAACGUACUGUGAGUCGGUCGCGAUCGAGGCCCGGAGUGUCGCAGUCGCAACCGACAUCCCGUUCAUCAUCACCAUCAUCCCGUGCGGGUCCUGUUUCCUUAACGGGUGCGAGACGCAGACCGUCCGGGAUCCCGCGGUCUUUGGCUGGCUCCCGGGAGACUAGUCCCACUAGAACUGGUCGCUCGAGCAGUGUGGUGGGGCGUCGUAGGGAAUCUAUGGAGAGAAGCACUAGACCUCCAGCGGCUAGCUUACGAUUGCUGCAGCAGUCUAGAGAUGCCGAACAGACUUUAAGAAGUCCAGAAGACAAUUCGACAUGCGAAGGCAGAAGGGACGACGAUUCAGAGGCUUCGAGCGUUUGCUCUGAAAGGAGUCUUGAUUCGUACAGACGGCAUGAUAGUAUAUCGUGGUCGUCGUCCGGUCGUCUCGGGUGGGAGGGCUCGCCCCCCCCGCCCCCACCACCCGACGACAUUAUAGCGCUGUGUGCGUGCACGCAUUGGACUGAGAGGAAGGAUGGCUUGACACAUUUGGCCAAUUACCUAAACAGCGGUCGUCUCCUAAACGAAGAUCAGCUUCGUCGCCUCACAGAACUAUUGAACAAGAUGUUCGUCGACGCGCAUACGAAAGUGUUCUCAUUAUUAUUGGACGCAGUUUGUGAGUUGCUGCUCGUGCACUGGCAACACUUGAAGGACUGGCUCUAUCAGCUUAUGUUCAGGCUACUAAUGAAACUCGGCACGGACAUACUCGGUUCAGUGCAAAGCAAAAUUAUGAAGACCUUAGACGUUAUACACGAAUGUUUCCCCGCUGAGUUGCAACUGCAUAAUAUAUUCAGGUUUCUAGCAGACGGUGCUACAGCGCCCACGGCUAAAACAAAAGCGGCUGCGCUAAGAUUCUUAGCCGAUUUGGCGCACGACUAUUGUACGCCCAAUAGUUUAGCGGUCGCUUUACAAGGUGGCAGCACAGGAGUAGCGGGUCGUGCGCUAACCAAAGUAGCGUAUCUCGCGAGCGAGCCGCGCGCGGGCGACGUGCGGCAGGCGGCCCGCCGCGCGCUGGCCCACCUGUACGACUGCAACCCGCCGCCUUUCACGGCGCUUAUGAGCGAGUUGCCGGAAGACACGCAGAAGCUUGUCAACGGAGUGUUACAGCAGCACGUCCGGAGAACGUCGAGCACCGGCAGCGAUAGCCCACUCCGUACGAACAGCACUGCGUCCAACUCGGCGACAGCUGAAGAUGUCUAUUCGAGAAUAAGAAAAACAACAUCCGAGAUACACACGUACACCGCGCAGCAUGCUAAUGCAGAAUGUGGCAACCACAUGUCGAGCAAGGAUUCCGGGAUAAGUCAGAUGUCUGACGUCACACUGUCAGCGCGCGGACCGAACGCUGUUCCUAAUGGACAUUAUAAUAGUGAAACGAUAGGCCGUGCGGCGUCAGCGGAUAGUUCAGAGGAAGCGAAUAGUACCAAAGAGUCUUCGCCCGUACCGCAUAGAGAUUGCGCUCAUGGCCACGGUGAUUUCGGCGCAAGUCAUUUGGGACGGGAUAAAGUGAAACCUUACGAAAUGGAUGAGAAUGGACUUAUUAUUACCAAAUCCGGUUUACGCGAAACGGAAGUGCUCGAAGCUCUCAGCCAAUUGGACGUCGAGAAAGCAUCGCCGGAAACGUGCGAACGUCUGCUGUUGGCCGCGCACGAGCUGCUCAAGUACGGCACUUGUAAGAAGCCCUGCGAGUACUUCAAAAACAUAGUACGAGUCGCGUUAGCGGCGUUAUCAGUUGAAGAGAACUCGGCUGAUAAGGAAAAUACGGAAAACGCGUCGAACGCACAGUCCUCAGGCUGGGGCACAGCACACGAGCGGGCGGCCGCUGAAGCUGUUAAAGUGUUAAUCUGGCUGUGCAGACGUCCGGAAACGAGGCCACAGUGGCUGGACUACUUUGAUCUAAUAUUAUUGAAGCUGAUAAACGCGUAUGGAGCGAGUAGCAAGGAGGUGAUGAGGGCUGUGGAUGCUGGCAUGCCGCAUAUUGCUCAUGCAUUGCCGGCACAACAGGUGCUAGCGCUCCUAAAACCAGUUAUACGAACUCGAGGCUAUCCAACAUCUCUAUGCGCUUUGAAACUCGCCGGUGAAGUGGCCAAAGCUAGAGGCCCGGAAUUAGCCGACGAUACUGUAGCACAGCUCAUGGAGGGGGUCGGGCAGCUCGCAGACCACCAAAACUCGGCAGUACGGAAAGCGGCAGUUUUCUGUAUGGUAGCCUUCACCUUUGCGCUCGGUGAAGAGAGAAUGCAACCGCACCUGCGGCACUUGUCCGUCAGCAAGUAUAGGCUUUUGCAGGUAUACAUAAGCAAGCAGCGGGAGGAAGCAAACAAGGGCGGCGGUUCGUAGCGAAGACAACGCUUCGCUUCGCGCGCCACGCAGACAGACUGACGGCGAAUAUAUAUACAUACAUACAUAAUAACUGUGUAUAUACAUACAUACAUGUGUAUGUGAUACUAUGCCGUUAAUACGAAAAAAUUAAAUAGAUUCCAUGGCCGAAAAUGUGGGGGAAUUUGAGGGUAGUUGCAUAAAAGUGGGGUCUAUACGUUAGGCGAGAGAUGUUGAAUGUUGUGUCGUUUCUCUGCAAGUAAUACUUUAAUAAGUUUUAUCCAUUUUAGAAAAUUGAGGGUAGAUGGAAAAAAAUUCUCACCACAUUACUAAGUUUUAUCAAUGAAAUUAGAAAAUUAAGGGUAGUUCGUGAAUAUUGCGAUUUAUCUACCCUGUUGUUGCACUAAAUCCUAAAAACAUGAAUUUUAUUCAU